AUGGCGGACACGCCCUCCUCGGCGAGGAGGCCCCGCCCCCGGAACGCCCCGCCCACCGAAACGGACCAAUCACAGGGAGGACACGCCCCCCCUCACAGGGAGGACACGCCCCCCCACGGCGAGGAGGCCCCGCCCCCGGACACGCGCCAUGCACUGAGCGGACACGCCCCCUGUCGAGGAGGCCCCGCCCCCCAAGCAACGGACCAAUCGCCGUGCGGACACGCCCCCCUCGCGAGGCGGCCCCGCCCCCAAGGAACGGACCAAUCACAGAGCGGACACCCCCCCGCGAGGAGGCCCCGCCCCCAAGGAACGGACCAAUCACAGAGCGGACACGCCCCCCGCGAGGCGGACACGCCCCCCGCGAGGCGGACACGCCCCCGCGAGGAGGCCCCGCCCCCCGAAAACGGACCAGUCACAGGGCGGACACGCCCCCCACCGCGAGGAGGCCCCGCCCCCGGACACGCGCCAUGCACUGAGCUGACACGCCCCCUCGCGAGGAGGCCCCGCCCCCAAGGAACGGACCAAUCACAGAGUGGACACGCCGCCAGGAACGUCCCCACCUGCCGGAGGACCCGCCCCCCCGAAAACGGACCAAUCACCGAGCGGACACGCCCCCCACCGCCAGGGGCCCCCGCCCCCCAGGCAAGGGACCAAUCGUCGUGCGGAUACGCCCCCCCCCGCGAGGAGGCCCCGCCCCCAAGGAACGGACCAAUCACAGAGCGGACACGCCCCCCCGCGAGGCGGACACGCCCCCCGCGAGGCGGACACGCCCCCGCAGGAACGGGCCGAUCACAGAGCAGACACGCCCCCGGGAACGUCCCCACCUGCCAAAGGCCCCGCCCCCCGGCAACGGACCAAUCACAGGGCGGACACGCCCCCACCGCCAGGAGGCCCCGCCCCCCAGGCAACGGACCAAUCGCAGUGCGGACACGCCCCCCUCACGAGGAGGCCCCGCCCCAGGAACGGUCCAAUCACAGAGCAACCCCGCCCCCGGGAACUCCCCCACCUGCCGGAGGCCCCGCCCCCAGGAACGGGCCAUUAAAAGAGCGAGCACGCCCCCACCGCGAGGAGGCCCCGCCCCCCUGGGAACGGACCCAUCACAGAGCGGACACGCCCCCCAGAGAGGAGGCCACGCCCCCGGGAACGGACCAAUCACGGGGCGGAGACGUCCCCUGGGAACGCCCCUACCUGCCGGAGGCCCCGCCCCCUGGGACCGGACCAAUCGCGGGGCGGACACGCCCCCGGAAACGCGCCAAUCACGAGGAGGCCACGCCCCCGGGAACGCCCCCCUGCGAGAAGGAAAAGGACCAAUCACAGGGCGGCCACGCCCCCAGGGAACGCCCCUACCUGCUGGAGGCCCCGCCCUCGGGAAUGGACCAAUCGCGGGGCGGUCACGCCCCCAGGAACUGA